AUAUAUAUAUAUAUAUUUAGGUUUUUGAAUCUCUCUCUCUUUUUUUUUUAUUUUUUAUAUUUAUUUCUAUAUUAUCUUAUCAACACAUACUCACAAUAUAUUAACAUGAGUGGUAAAGGUGUUGUACGUAGUAUUAAAAACUAUGCAAAAGGGUUUUCAGAUGUCCAAAUCAAAGUACGAGAAGCUACUUCCAAUGAUGCCUGGGGUCCAAGUGGUACUUUGAUGAACGAAAUUGCUCAAGCAACUUAUAAUCAACAAGACUUUGUGGAGGUCAUGGAUAUGGUGGAUAGACGAUUGAACGACAAAGGGAAAAACUGGCGUCAUGUAUUCAAGGCAUUACUUUUACUAGACUAUUGUAUUCAUGUUGGUUCUGAAAAUGUCGUUUUAUAUGCCAAAGAAAAUCUCUACGUAGUGAAAACAUUGAAAGAAUUUCAACAUAUUGAUGAUAGUGGAAAAGAUGUGGGAUCUAAUGUCCGACAAAAAGCAAAAGAUAUCACAAGUUUAUUACUAGAUGACGCAAGACUCAAGGAAGAACGUCAUAAACGAACACAAAUGCGAGACCGUAUGUCUGCAGUAGGUGAUUACAUGAACGAAACUAUUUUGGACGGUCGACAUGCAAAUGGUGAAAAUAUGUAUGAAAGACCUGGUUAUUUGGAUGAAGAUGGCGAUUUAAGAAAAGCUAUUGAAGAAAGUAAACGACUGGCACAAGAAGAAGCGAAAAAACGAAAUCAAGGUGAUGAAGAUUUGGCAAAAGCUUUACAACUUAGUGAACAAGAAGCAAAGGAAAAGGAACAAAAACAACGUGCUAAAUUGGAACGAGAAAAUGAACAAAAUUUAUUUAGUAUUGGCAAUGAUACUCAAGGUUUCCAAGGAUUUCCUCAAAAUCAAAUCUUUUCUUCUUCAGCUAAUCCAUAUACUCAACAACAACAACAACAACAAUGGCCUCAAAAUACUGGUAUGACUGGAUAUUCAUUUACUGAUCCAAUCACUGCUCAACAACCAAUGUUCAAUCAACAAUCUGCUUUUGGUAACCCAUAUCAACAACAACAACAACAACAACAAGGAUUCCCUCAAACCCUUCAAGCACAGAUGACUGGUAUGCCUCAAUCACUUCAAGCACAAAUGACUGGUAUGCCUCAACUACAACAACAGCAACCUCAAUAUACAGGAAUGGCGCCUUUUCAGACGAAUCAAUUCAUGGCUCAACCACAACAAACUCAAUUUACCGGUAUGCCUGCUUUUCAAACAAGUUCUAUGACAGGUACCAAUCCUUUUGGACAGCAAUCUCAAAGUCCAUUACAACAGCCAAGUAUACAACCUCAGCAAACGGGCUUUUCCAAUGCAACUCCCAAUUUUGGUCAAUCUAGUACAACUUCAUUUGGCACACCCACAUCACAAUCUGUUAAUCAACAAUUAACUACUAGUAGUCCUACUAUAUCUAAACCAGAAGAUCCUCGAUAUGCCAAAUUGAACUCAUUGCUUGGAAAUAGAGAAGAUGGAAUGGAUACAUUUGGUAAUACUGGUAAUCUUCGAAUUCCUUUUGGUACAGGGUAUGCAAGUACUCUCCGACCGGAAAUCAAACAAACUGGAAAUACCAAUGGAAACAAUAACAAUAAUAAUAAUAAUAAUGACACUUCCUCCUCUUCUUCCUUUUCUCAAUCCUUUGGUCAACAACCUAGUCGCAAUCCUUUCGGUACAGGAAACACGUCAACAGCUGCUACUACGAAUAAUAAUAAUAAAAGUUUGCUAGAAAUGAUGGCCGAACAAAAAAUACAACAACAGAAUCAACAAUUGCAACCUCAAAUCACAGGAUUCCAACAACCUCAAGUCACAGGAUUCAACAAUGGUUUCCAGCAACAACAACCUGCUUUUGGUCAACAACAACAAAGUGGCCCUUUCUUUUAGAAAUAGAUGAAUGAUGGUUGAUUAUUUUUUGAUCUUUCUUACUAUUGAUUGUCUGAUGAUGAUCUUUUUUUUUUUUUGUUACUUGUAGUAUAUUAUAUAAAAACUCUUUAUUCUUAUUUUUUUAUUUUCUUACAAAACUGUCUAUGAUGCAUUACUACUAUGUUUGUAUAUGUGAGUUUUUCCGAAUACGGACAGGUUAUGCCUGGGAAAUGAUGAUAAUAGCCAUUCCUUUUUUUUUUUUUUUUUUU